UUAAGUCUGAGCUAGCCCGUCGGCUUCGGCGGGUGCUUGAGAAGCGGACCCGCUGUCGGCAAGUUCGGCAGAGUCCUCUGGUUGCAAAAAUGCUUUUGCACGCCAUUUAGUUGUUCUUGGCGGAUGACAGCGCACAUCCGGCUCAAGAUAAAUCUUCCUCUUGCCUUGAACAGCUUUAGAAGUGCUUGCCUCGGCAGCAUCCAUGCUCGGCAGUAAUCGAGUACUGCCGAGCAUGGAUGCUGCCGAGCGUUGGUUCUUUGUCUAUGAACCAACGCUCGGCAGGAUCAGAUGACGCCAUUGUUAGCAACACGCGGAGCUAGACAGCUAGACUGCUGUGUGCACAAUGAAGGCGAUUCUGUAGCAGCUUCCGAUGCGCGAAGAUCAGCAAAAAAUGUGUCCAUAACUCAAGUCCCACGCGACAGUUAUCCCUGAGUAUCAAUCUCAAAUACUAUGCUUUAAAAUUUGCAAUUGAGCCAACUUUUAAAAGCUGAAAAUACGUCAUGGCCGCCAUGUUUUACUCGUUUUCCGUCUAGAUGUGGCUUUCGGACGCCGCGAAACCGCUAGCCAAGCCGCUUUUGGCGCCAACGUCCGCAACCGCCAAAAGCGCAGUUACCGUCUUCAUUCUAUGGUGACAUCCGCGGAGGGUAGUGCGCGUAUGAGCAGCAUGCAAGAAAACGAGCACGCCGGCGUAUUAUAUUACGCAUAUGUAAGGUUUGUGGAUGACGGAAAACGGCACAUUCUGCCAGUAAAUGACAUACGCAAUUUCAAGCCGUCACACCUGCGGGAUUUCAAGCCGGGAAAGGUUUACAGUGUCAAAUGGCAAGACGAUGUCCAAGAUGGCUUUUUCGGCGCGCAAGUUUUGAAACUGUUUGAGACCUACGAAGAAGCAGCGAACGAGACUGCGAGGAAGCGAUUUCCCGUUGCACCUCUCGCAGAGACAUCUAGUGGAGAUGAUAGCGAUGAAGACACCCCAAAAAGGCCACGGCGAGAAAAUGCUGUCAACAGGCUGAAGGCAAACCAACGUGCACUGCUGGAGAGCAGUUCAAGCACUGAAGAUGAAAUUAUGUCUGCAUCUGAAGCAAUGAAGCUCCGGAAGGAAAACCAGGAAUUAAAGAAAGAGAAUAAGCUGUUGAGACAUCUAAACCUGCGUCUUCAGAAGAUUGUGACUGCGAAGCCUUUUCUGCUCAACUCUUCUGAUCUCGAACCAAAGCACACAACUAAAUGCAUGGACACCUUGCAGCAACCAGCUGCCGAUUCAAUCAAAAAGCAGGAGCAAGACAGUGCAUACCGUCUGGUAGCACCGUUUGAGCCACGACGAACUGAAACAGCAGAUACUGAAAAGUUGGCCUCGGAUGUCGAGCAAGACAACAGCGGUGUUGGGGACGGCAGUUUUGAAGCCGCAGCAGCUGGCACUCCUGCACGUGUACUAUUCAAGGAGAACUGUGGCCGGGUUUACAUCAGCAAAGAUGUUUGGCUCAUUGACACGGAUUUCAACUUUCUCAUGGGUUCCCGGAAUGACUCUGUAUUUGUGCGAGAUGCAGCAACAAAAAUAUUCUCGACUGCUGGGCUGGUGGGACGCAGUGUAACUGGCAGACCAUCCAACCGUACAAAAGGGGACCCAAAGCCUCCGCUGGACAGUGUCAAGCUCAGCGCACUGAAAGAUUUCUUUCGUCACUUCGUCAAUGCAUCACCCAAGGGGCAGACUGCUGAUCAGAUAACGGCACGGCUGAAGAGGUUUGGCCGCCACCUUGCGGGGAAGCUGGCUGACGUUCAGUCAGGCUAGUGGAGUUGGCAGAAUGCAGCAAGUGACUAUUUUAAUUUAUGAACUUUGUAAUCUUUUCUUCAAACCUGAAGACAUCCAGAUGGUUUAACUAGGGACAUCACUGUUUACGUUUUGUUUUCACAAGUGAGCCAUCAAGUUGCACUUUCAUUUUUAGAGUACUCAAAACGUGUAGCCCAAGUGGUUUAUUUUGCUUUCAGAACUUCCAUUUUUUUGUUCACUUCUACUGGGUGCGUCUGCAAAGGCUGCCGCAAAUGUUUAAGGAUAACCUGUGGCUGUGAUGUCAGUCAUAGUUUUUGAGCUGGAUUACUGAAAUAAGCUUUCAUAAUUUGCUCGAGAAACCAAUAUGCAUAUUUGAAUGGUUGCUAAAUUCUGUAUUUAAUAUUAAAACUAAUUAUUUCAUGGCACAUACUACAAUUUACGAGCUGUAGCCGGGAAGUUCACUAGGCAGAUCCACUUGCAACUAACUUUUAAGACACUAGUACUUUUGUGACAUUGGCAGCUAGUCCAGAUACUUUUGUGCAUUUUUUUAACGUAAGUGAAACAGUGCAUUCUUGCUGCAAGCUUGACAGCAUAUAUCGAAAUAUAUUGAAAAUAGUGUCGUCUAAGUGGAUAUGGGCCUUGUGAACUCGCCAGCUAGAAAUGUAGAUUGCAAUAUGUGCCAUAAUUUCAUUAGUAAAAGAUACGUAAACUUCAGUAAUAAGUCAAUUAGCCAUUUAUAUCUCUCAUGCAAAUAAUAUACAUUUCGUUGAGUAAUCCAGCUCAGGGACUUGAACUGUUCUGUCUGCCACGUGGGAACAAUUUUUUUUUUGCUGUCUUUGCAGGAACACUCAAUAUGACUGCUUUUUUACCUAGUCAUUUUUAAUGCUGUAUUUUUAUAUUUUAUGAUUGAGAGCACUUAUUGUACUGUUUACAUAACUCGUACUUCUCACUGUGAUGUUCUUGUGCAAAACUUGUAUGUUUGCAGCUUGUAGUCUAAACGAUGCGUUUCUAGCUCCGUAUCUCAAAAAUGAGCAUACAUAUCUUAAUUUUCUCUGGAAAUAAGUUUCUGCACCAGGAGUGAUUGCUUUUUAACAAAACAUAAUGUAAAACAUGUAAAAGUUACAUGUCGCCCUUCUGCUGAGUGUUGAUUCAUUGAAUGCAUAAUUGGAUCGGAGUGAUGCCUUCGUUUUGCAGUGGACAUAAAUAGGCUGAUGAUGAUGAUGCCCCUUUGGAGGAUUUGGGCAAAUAUUGCGCAGCGCUUGGUUUUAUAUUCGUUGUCGAUAUUUAAACAAAAAGUCGAAAGUUUAGCUUUCCCCUUGUUUGUCCCUCUCCUAUUUCUCCCUUUUUUGCACUUAGUGACCAUAGUUUAUGGUUUGUUUGACCAGCCUCACUUAUUCACAUGAUAUUGCGCUCCAAUGCCAUUAUGAGAGACAUUCAUAAGAACUUUAACUUGCCUAUAACUGGUUUACUGCUGUUUACCGCUACACCAGACAAGCAUACACAAGGUUAUACUUGUCUGCUUAAGCUAAAUGAGUUUGUUUGGUUGCAUUAAUUUUCAUAAUUUUCUUGCAUUCACCCCGGGCUGAUAUAUAGGGAUGCUUUGUUAUGCUGAACAUGGCAAGUAAAAUUUGGCUGCAGGGGCUGGUACUUUAGUUGACAGUGCGCCCUUGCAAUUUUUCCUGGUGAUGUGUAUAUGCCUCGAUUUAUUUAAAGAUUUUGUGAACAUCAAUUGAGAGCUUUGCAAUAUUUGUAAUGAUUGUGCAAAUAUUUACUGCGUGGAUGUUUCAGAGUGAGUGCUAGUUGCAUUUAUUAAUGAUCUGCGAGUCACAUGUCACAAUGGCUUUUUGAUGCAAAUUCGCUGACAGUGUUAGUGAUAAUUCUCAAUAUAUUUGUGAUGAUUCUACUUUAUUCUUCUGCUUAACAAUGUAACACAUUUCAUUGUAUAAUUCCAGCAUAGAUUAUGCUUAUGCUACCAUUGUGUAUAAACUAGUGCAUUGUGUGCACCUUUGUGAUAUUUUAUGCUCUCAGUGUUCACUUGAAGUUUUUCAAAUAUAUUUUUACAGAAAAGCCUGUGCUGUAUUGCUUACUGGGGGCUGUAAACUGCUUUUGUGCGCAGUUCCCCUUUCACUACACCUAUACAUGCAUCUGAUACCCCCAAUACAUGCUGUCACUGUAUUAGGUCUAUUGAUUUAUAGUCCUAUAGACUAAUACAGGCUAUUGGUUUUAUUGGUCUAUCAGGUCUAUCGUGGUAUAGACUAAUAAACCAAUACAGUCUAUCAGGC